GGUGUGGGCUGGGCGUGGGCUGCGGUACUCUCUCUCUCUCUCUCUCAAUCUCUCUCUCUCUCUCGCUCUGUCUCUCUCUCUCUCUCUCUCCCCCCCACAUUGUUUCCAUCCGCUAAGUUCAUGCUCCGUCACUAUGGCAUUUUCAGCGGAGACGUUGCCGGUUCAGUCAGUGUGUGAAGAAACACCCGAAUGUGUGAGCUCACGGCGCUCCGGGGCCACAACUCUGGCUUAAAAGGGAAACAAAAGGGAGACGAGAACCGUUAUCACUGCGUUUAGUUGAUUUGUCUUUUUUUUUUUCUCUUUGGUUUUGCGAGUCGAAGAAGAGGGAGCGACUCGUCUCUCUGCACACCUCCUCCGGGCGGGAGAUCACCAUUAUAUUCCUCUCCAUCGUCCCCAGCGGUUCCAGCAGGGUGCGGGGAAUGACCGAGUACAAGCUGGUCGUGGUGGGAGCUGGAGGUGUGGGCAAAAGCGCACUGACAAUCCAGUUGAUCCAGAACCACUUUGUGGAUGAGUAUGACCCCACGAUCGAGGACUCGUACAGGAAGCAGGUGGUAAUCGAUGGGGAGACAUGUCUGCUGGACAUCCUGGACACGGCCGGCCAGGAGGAGUACAGCGCCAUGCGGGACCAGUACAUGAGGACGGGAGAGGGCUUCCUCUGCGUCUUCGCUAUCAACAACACCAAGUCCUUCGAGGACAUUCACCAGUACAGGGAACAGAUCAAACGGGUGAAGGACUCGGACGACGUUCCCAUGGUGCUGGUGGGAAACAAAUGUGACCUCCCGGCUCGUACGGUGGACACAAGGCAGGCCCAGGAGCUGGCGCGCAGCUACGGCAUCCCCUACAUCGAGACCUCGGCCAAGACCCGCCAGGGAGUGGAGGACGCCUUCUACACGCUGGUCCGUGAGAUCAGGCAGCACAAACUGCGCAAGCUGAACCCUCCGGACGACAGCGGACAGGACUGUUUGAACUGCCGCUGCGUCGUGUCGUGACCAGCCCGCGGACCAAGGAGACGAGAUCUUGGAGCCGUUUAGAUGGACCGAAAGACGAACCGCUAAGAACGAAAGGAGAAGGAAAGAAAUGAUGAAUGAGGCCAACAAUAAUUUGGGAAGAGGACCUUGCUUUCAUCAACACGUCCCUGGUUUAAAACCCGUAUGUAGCGGCUGCCUACCGCCACUGACUUUUUCCCAUGGGCCAACACUGGUUUACAUGAAUCCUUUAAGUUAUUGCUGUGCAGUCUCAACACUGAUCUUACCGCGCAAGGCGUCUCACCGGGCCGUGCCUGCUCUGCCCGCCCAUCUCCAGCAAAGGGCCAGGCAACAGGUUCCUCGCCGCAGCCCUUCUGUCGGAGACGGCCGCCUACGCCGUACCAUGGACAUCGUCUCCGGAAUGAUGGCAGAAGGGGAGUGUCACAUUUGAUGCCACAGGGAAUCUUUUAAAGAGUCAACCAUGUUCCUCGAUGUAUUUUGGUUCGUUUCUGAUGUAUAUUUAAACCGGAUGUUGACAGUCAACAUUGUGAGCUGUUGUCAGUUUCUUGUGGCAGAUGGUUGGUGUUCCGGCCAGUUCCUUUGGGAGAGACGACACUGGAGCUGUUUUGGGGUCAUGACACUGGCUUCCCUUUUGACCAUAAGCUUCUCCCAUUGACCUCAUCUGUAGGAGAUGUAGAAGAGAUACUAUACUGGAGGUUUAUGGAAAAUGGGGUAUAUAUACUGCCUGAGUCAGUAGUGCGAUGUGAUCAAACAUCUCUAAAUGUUGUAUUUAUUCUCAGUUUACAUUUGUGUUACUGCUGCGAACCUGUCUUGUGGAUGUUUCAAUACUGGAGGGAUCCUGGCUGUAUGAAUGGCAGGUGCACAAGGAUUAAAACCUUCAGUUCGGUGUGGCAUUAUAACUACAGACUUAAUCCUUAAAGGCAAUAUUUGAAUAUGUUCUUGGGAUUAGGAUUUUUUGUAAUGUGGAUAUAGAACAAAUGGGUAUAUGUUGAGCUUAUGUGGCAUUCUUCUUCAUGGGAUUAAAGUGUUGCUAACCAUUUCCCUUUAGUUCAGCAAAUGAUCUAAAGUGUGUUUAGAGUAACAGAUGCAGUAAGGAAUACAGGUAUUCCUCACUGCAUCAGUUGAGACCUGAGAUAGAGGGCAUCACUGUGUUUGUUUGUGGCUCAGGAAAUGUUUUAGGAGGAUUUCCAUUUCUUCAGUUGUACGGGAGAUUGACUGUUUUACAGGUCAAAAAUACAGUACAUCCUCUGUGUGGUUCAGAAUGGGAAAUCACAACCACUUGUGCUGAUAGGAAAUUAUGAAAGUUAACAGCCUAAAAUCAAUUAAAGUGAAUGGAAAACGGAUGAACAAUUAAAACAUGUAACAAUUA